AUGUCAUCGAGACUAAAUUCAUCAGGAUUAUUGCUGGGAGCUGAUGAUAGCUACAUUAUUAAACAAAGUUAUGUAGUCAUAGGAACAUGCAAUGAGACUAGGAUUAUCUUAAGUCACAAGCUAGCAAAUGAUCGACAUGUCUCUGAUUACUAUUAUCUUUUACCAGAAGAACUAUCAUGGCAGUAUAUCCAGUUGGAAGCAAGCCACUUGAAUCCAUUCGUGGAAAGGUUCCAAUAUUUUAUGGAUUUGUGUUUUCAAGCAGGAUUGCCACAAAUGUGGAAAGUAAUGGCUUUUCAAGAUUCAAAGUUCGUUAUUACACAGCGUGGGGUUAAUAGGAACUACUUAGAACUGCAGGAUAUCAGCACAGUUCUUAGGAUUUUGGUCGUUGGUUUAGGACUGUCAGUGAUUUCACUGCUGAUUGAAAUUUUUUAUCAUGAUUGUUUAGGGAAAUUAAGUUUAAGUGGGAUUGUAAGAUUCUUGAGGAAUGGCGUUAGAAAAAUGUUUCAAAGAAGGAAGAAACUUAAAGUUCGAAGAAUUUAUGCUCGUCCGUCGAAAUCUACAUAA